AUGAAGAAGACGGCCUCUGAAGACGGAAGUAUGGCAGUACCGGAGUUUUUCUCAAGAUGCUUCAGCGUCAAUCGGAAGGCUAAAAUGGUACUCGAGCUUCUUGGCUUUAGAUCCGCCGCAGCGCUACCUGGGCACCUGCAUGCAGCAGUACUACAGCUGCUCCUGAUGGGGCCAGUUGCUCUCUCGAGCAUAGAUUCAACAACCCAAUGUGCACUUCCGAGAACAGAAGCCCGUUUGAUCCCCCUGAGUAGUGAUGGCUGUGUUGUUCAGUGCCUUUUUGCUGAUUGGCUUACUAAGAUCAGCAAAUGGCUCAAAGUACCUCGAUCCCGCUAUGUAAUGCUUCUUGCUGUCAUGCCGGAAUCUGGCCCGGAACAGCAAUUAGCACUCAACGCCUCGAGCUCUCGCGGGACUAAGCCAGCAGCAGUGGCUACACUGGACUCUGCUAAAGUACUGGAUGCGCCCACUUUACUACCAGGGGCAAAACGACUCGGGGUGCACAGGCGGCCUACACAACUGCUGCUUGUUACUUUCAAGGCAUCCCAGAGACCGCUCUUCAAGUGUGACGGCGAGGUUGCCGGCCACCACAGUUUAGGAUGGGCUGAGCCAUCAGAGGUCUUCAGAAUUGACAGCAGUCACAAAGCGUUAUGCAGACUUGUGUUCUGUGGAAGGGACAGCAAGCGUGUCCUGGUUGUUGAAGGCCUAGGCGGUCGACUUCUCGUUUUGGGGGAACUGUCGAACCACGUGACGUCCUUCCCGGCUACUGACGAAGGCCGGGCGUGUGGCAUACCACGGUUGGAGAGACUUGCAUAUCUGAUAAAUGCAAACGCACCCUUUUGUGCCUCUCCUCGUCCUCCUCGUUGGCGGAGGUUGCUGCAGCUGUUUGCUGCCACUGCGACCGCAGUGGAUUUAGGAACACCAACGGCUGUUUUGGCAUUCGGAUUCAGCGAUAUGAAGCACCACGCAAGGGUCAAUCAGGCGCCUGUGCAAAAAGCUCCAGAUGACAUUAAUUCCUUCAAAACGAGCUACACUCAUUGGAAUCAAACAUAUGCCCCUGCUGCGCUCGGGGAGCAGCAGAGGAUUCCUUUGCUGGCUGUGCUGCUUCGUCUGUCGAUUUCCGCCUGUCUUACUGUCUGCCGAACGCUAUCGUUCGUUAUGAGACUUCCUUACGCGCGCACUGUGUCGCCACAGGAGCCUUGUACAGAAGAUUGCAAUGCAACACGGGUCGCUUUAGACGAAGGCCAUAGCAGCUACACAUGGAGUCCGAGUAGCCGUAUUGACUUUGAAUACCGCUCAUGUGUCUGCUUACGACGUGCUCAUGGCUCCAGAGUGGGAAAUAGCGGCCACCUUUUGCCAAGUGCAGUCUGCGCAGCUCGUCCCACACGUACGUUGAGACAGCUUAUUGACGACCAACAGCGUGCUGUCGCUGCACUCGCGAUCCGGGAACGCUGUCAAAAAGCUGCGAUGCUGCAGCAGGAGCACCGGCUGCUUGAUCAACAAGCCUCAAGGGCGCUGAUGGACGAGCAUGGGCAGCUGUUCCCUCAAUGGGAUAUUUCGCUGCAUGGCCUUACCUGGAUUGCUUCGGUGUUGCACUGUGCACGCACUUUCAGGCCCGUCGUUGGGUGA